UGAACCUAGUGCUUAUAUAUUUUUGUGAACAUCUUGGACUUUUUUACCAUGAUUUUUUCCAUUUGCAUAUAAGAUCUUUGAUGCUUUUGGGUUUUGUUUUGAGACAGGGUCUCACUGUGUUGCCCAGGCUUGUCUUGAACUCCUGAACUCAAGUAAUCCUCUUUCCUUACCCUCCCAGGUGGCUAGGAUUAUAGGCACAGCCACCAUGCUCAUAUUGCUUUGGAAUAUUGCUAGUUGUUUUUUAAAAAAUCGUUAUAGAAAUUUGCUUUCACUUCAGAGUAAAAACUCCCAAAGUGAAAAAUUAAUUGUUCUUUGAGAAGAAUUUGGAGUGUAAUUAAUGUCUCCUGAAGAAUGAGAGAUAGAAAGUAGCUGCCUGGCUCUUUUUGGUUAAGCUAUCAAGAUAGAACCUGGCCAUGUUUUGAGAGUCAAUUAUUUAUUUAACAGGGGAUUUGUGUUUUUAUUGCAAAUAAGAAUCAGGUGAUUUUUGUUGUUGUUGUUUUGCUUUUGGUACUGGGGAUUCAACCCCGGGGCACUUAACCACUGAGCCACAUCCCCAACCCUUUUUUUGUAUUUUAUUUAGAGACACUGUCUUACUGAGUUGCUUAGGGUCUUGCUAAGUUGCUGAAGCUGGCUUUAAACUCUCAAUCCUCUGCCUUAGCCUCCUGAGCCAUUGAAAAAUCAGUAUUUUUUUUAAUGUUUGAAUUAGAAUUUUUUUUGCCAUUGUGUCUAUUUUUACUCAAUGCUUUUUUAAAAAAAAUUUUUGGUUGUUGAUGGACCUUUAUUUUAUUUAUUUAUAUGUGGUGCUGAGAAUAGAACCCAGUGCCUCACACAAGCGCUCACUGCUGAGCUACAACUCCAGCCCCACCCAAAUGCUUUUUAUCAUGAAUAUUUUUAUAUUUGUCUUUUUUCUGCCAUUUUAAAUAAUUGCCUUUAAAAAAAAUGAGAUUGCAUUGUUCCCUUUUUGUUCUAGCUAUAUGAUCAUCUAAAUACUCUAUUUUGUUAAUAUUUGUCUGACAUUUUAGUUUUUCACUUGUGUUGUAUAUUGUGGAUUAAUCUUGUACAUUUCUGGUUUUUUUUCCCUCUUCCUGGUCCAUCAAGUGCCUCAGUUUCUAAAAUAUCUCAAAAUAACUUUAUCAACACUUUUCAAUGAAUGUUAUGGCAAAGAUAAGAAACUAGGAAAAAAUGAAAUACCAAGAGAAAAACGUGAGCCAUGUCUCUUGUGAAAUUUGAUUUUAAAAAAUAAUCUGGAAGCUAAAUUACAUAGUAACAUAGUAAACUAGAUUAAGACUUCAUCUGCUUGACAUCCGGAACGCUUGAAAAAUUUGAUGUGUCUAAGACAAAAGUCAACACUCUUUUAAACUUCCUUCGUUCUAUAAAUAAAUGUAUCAUUAGUCAGUCACCCAAGCUCAAAAAUCUUGGUUCCUUGUUUCUCCUGGUUCUACCUACACAAAACCUCUUUUUUCCAUUUCUACUGCUACCAGCUUAAAUCAGCCUCUCUGACCUUUGGAACAGUGAACUAUUGACAUUAACUGCAUCCAUCCAUUCACUAAAUACUUGCUAAUAAUCUACCGUGAAAUUUUGCUAGGGUUAGAGAUUCAGCAGUCAGCAAGACAGAAGUCUCUUCACUGCUGAAGUUUAUAGUAGAGUGGAAGUGGAAAUUUGUGACAAGGAAUCAUAAGUGUUCCAAGUAUUAUGAAGGAAAAUGUUGAUGUGAGCAUGUAACAGACAGACCCAAGAGACAGGGAGGUGGACUGAGGGAAGAACUUUAUCAGCCAGAGAUGAUUCUAUAUACUCUGUCAGACUGAUUCAGAGGUUGGUGAAUAUAUUAUAGCUAUAAUAAGUUAAUAAUUAAAAAUAAAUGGUUUUUAAACAAAUUAAUAAAAAUUAAACUUUCACAUAAUCCUAGAAAAAGCUUUAGAAGAAUUUUUUUUUUCAAAAUAUCUGAGCACUAAAUAAUUUUAAAGAGUCUACUUCUUCCUCUAAUAUGGAUUUCUACUUUGGGUUCUCCCAGGCUUCAAUUGCUUGAGUACUUAAUAGGAUUCCUUUUUUGUUUCAGAGUCUGUUUGAACCAUCUGAAGUUAGAAAUAGAUAUUAUCAAUAGCCAGAGUGUAUAUAGUUAUGAGAAAGAGAUGUUCCAGGUUAAAUGGAAACCAUCCUUGGGAGCUAGAUGCCUGUGUAGCUGUUCUACCACAUCAGUGUUUUGCAAUGAGUGGGGGAGGAGAGCAGCCGGAUAUCCUCAGUGUUGGAAUCCUAGUAAAAGAAAGAUGGAAAGUGUUGAGAAAAAUUGGGGGUGGGGGCUUUGGAGAAAUUUACGAUGCCUUGGACAUGCUCACCAGGGAAAAUGUUGCACUGAAAGUGGAAUCAGCUCAACAACCAAAACAAGUUCUGAAAAUGGAGGUUGCUGUUUUGAAAAAACUACAAGGGAAAGACCAUGUUUGUAGAUUUAUUGGCUGUGGGAGGAAUGACCGAUUCAACUAUGUGGUCAUGCAAUUACAGGGUCGGAAUCUGGCAGAUCUUCGCCGUAGCCAGUCCCGGGGCACAUUCACCAUUAGCACUACUCUUCGCCUGGGUAGGCAGAUUCUGGAGUCCAUUGAAAGUAUCCAUUCAGUGGGAUUCUUGCACCGAGACAUCAAACCGUCAAACUUCGCCAUGGGUCGUUUUCCUAGUACAUGUAGAAAGUGUUACAUGCUUGAUUUUGGCUUGGCUCGACAAUUUACCAAUUCCUGUGGUGACGUCAGACCACCUCGAACUGUGGCAGGCUUUCGAGGGACAGUUCGUUAUGCAUCAAUCAAUGCUCAUCGGAACAGGGAAAUGGGAAGACAUGAUGACCUUUGGUCCUUAUUCUACAUGUUGGUCGAGUUUGUGGUUGGUCAGCUGCCUUGGAGGAAAAUAAAAGACAAGGAGCAAGUAGGCUCUAUCAAAGAGAGGUAUGACCAUAGGCUCAUGUUGAAACAUCUCCCUCCAGAAUUCAGCCUCUUUCUGGACCAUAUCUCAUCUUUGGAUUAUUUUACAAAACCAGACUACCAGCUUCUUACAUCCGUGUUUGAAAAUAGCAUCAAGACCUUUGGAGUAAUUGAGAGUGACCCUUUUGACUGGGAGAAAUCUGGAACUGAUGGCUCCCUAACCACCACCACCACUUCUACCACCCCUCAGUUGCACACCCGACUGACUCCUGCUGCAAUUGGAAUUGCAAAUGCCACUCCCAUCCCAGGAGACUUGCUUCGAGAAAAUACGGAUGAGGUGUUUCCAGAUGAACAGCUUAGUGAUGGGGAGAAUGGCAUUCCUGUUGGUGUGUCACCAGAUAAGUUGCCUGGAUCUUUGGGACACCCUCGUCCCCAGGAAAAGGAUGUCUGGGAAGAGAUGGAUGCCAACAAAAAUAAGAUAAAACUUGGAAUUUGUAAGGCUGCUACUGAAGAGGAGAACAGCCAUGGUCAAGUCAAUGGUAUUCUCAAUGCUCCAAGUCUUGGUUCACCAAUUCGAGUCCGCUCAGAGAUUACUCAGCCAGAUAGGGAUGUUCCAUUGGUGCGAAAAUUACGUUCCAUCCACAGCUUUGAGCUGGAAAAACGUCUGACACUGGAACCAAAGCCAGAUACUGACAAGUUUCUCGAGGCCUGCUUGGAGAAAAUGCAGAAAGACUCAAAGGAAUCUGUUCUCCCUGCUCUGCUUCAUAAGCCUUGUGUCCCUGUUGUAUCCCGUACUGACCACGUCUGGCACUAUGAUGAAGAAUAUCUUCCAGAUGCCUCCAAACCUGCCUCUGCCAACACUCCUGAGCAGGCAGAUGGUGGUGGCAGCAAUGGAUUUAUAGCUGUUAACUUGAGUUCUUGCAAGCAGGAGGUCGAUUCCAAAGAAUGGGUGAUUGUAGACAAGGAACAAGACCUUCAGGAUUUCAGAACAAAUGAGGCUUUAGGACAUAAAACAACUGGAAGCCCUUCUGAUGAGGAGCCUGAAGUGCUUCAGGUCUUGGAGGAAUCACCUGAAGAUGAAAAGCUCCAAAUGGGCCCUUGGGCAGAAAACAAUCAUUUAAAGAAGGAAACCUCAGGUGUGGUCUUGGCGUUUUCUGCAGAGUGCCCUGCCACUGCUGUUUCAGAACAAUACACAGAUAGACUGGAACUCCCGGUUGGAGCUGCUAGUCAGUUUAUUGCAGCAACACCCACAAGUCCAAUGGAGGCACAAGCAGAAGGACCCCUUACAGCGAUUACAAUUCCUAGACCUUCUGUGGCAUCAACACAGUCAACUUCAGGAAGUUUUCACUAUGGUCAGCAGCCAGAGAAAAAAGAUCUUCAGCCCAUGGAGCCCUCUGUAGAACUUUAUUCUCCAAGGGAGAACUUCUCUGGCUUGGUUGUGACAGAGGGUGAACUUCCUAGUGGAGGAAGCAGAACAGAUUUGGGGCUUCAGAUAGAUCACAUUGGUCAAGACAUGUUACCUGAUAUUAGGGAGAGUGACAAAUCUCAAGACCUGGGACCAAAAGAUCUUCCUGACUAUAAUAGACUGGUUGUAAGAGAAUUUGAGAAUCUCCCUGGGGAAACUGAAGAGAAAAGCAUUCUUCUAGGGUCAGAUAAUGAAGAUGAAAAGUUAAGUAAAGGGCAGCAAUGUAUUGACAUAUCUCUUCCAGGAGAUUUGGUAACUGUGGAAAGGGAUCAUUCUGCUACUACUGAACCUCUUGAUGUGACAAAGACACAAACUUUUAGUGUGGUGCCAAAUCAUGACAAAAAUCAUGAGAUAAUGAAGCUUUUGGUAAUUGGCACUUCAGAAAUUUCUUCAAGAGUCAUUGAUCCACAUGUUGAAGGACAGAUAGGCCAGGUGGCACCAAUGCAAAAAAUUAUACUAUCUAAGAAUGAUGACAUUAAGAGUGAAGACUUGCCAGGUCAUCAGGGAGACCUCUCUACUUUUUUGCACCAAGAGGGUAAGAGAGAGAAAAUUGCCCCUAGAAAUGGAGAACUAUUUCAUUGUGUUUCAGAGAAUGAACAUGGUCCCCCAACUCGGAAGGAUAUGAUUAGGUCAUCCUUUGUAAGUAGACAUAGUCGAAUCCCUGUUUUAGCACAAGAGAUAGACUCAACUUUUGAAUCUUCCUCUCCAGUUUCUGCAAAAGAAAAGCUCCUCCAGAAGAAAGCUUAUCAGCCUGACCUAGUCAAACUCCUGGUGGAAAAAAGGCAAUUCAAGUCUUUCCUUGGUGACCUCUCAAGUGCCUCUGAUAAGCUGUUAGAGGAGAAACUAGCUGCUGUUCCUGUUCACUUUUCUGAGGAGGAAGUCUUCACUCCAUUUUCAAAACUGGCAGUAGAUUCUCACCUGAGUAAGUCAGCUGAAGACAGCUUUCUGUCACCCAUUAUUUCCCAGGCAAGAAAGAGUAAGAUUCCAAGGCCAGUUGCGUGGGUCAACGCAGAUCAAGUCAAUAGCUCAACUUCAUCCCAGUUCUUGCCUCGACCACCACCAGGAAAGCCACCUACAAGGCCUGGAGUAGAAGCCAGGCUACGAAGAUACAGAGUUCUAGGGAGUAGUAACUCAGACUCAGACCUCUUCUCCCGGCUGGCCCAAAUUCUUCAAAAUGGAUCUCAGAAACCCCGGAGCACUACUCAGUGCAAGACCCCAGGAUCUCCUCACAAUCCAAAAACACCACCCAAGAGUCCAGUUGUCCCUCGAAGGAGUCCCAGUGCCUCUCCUCGAAGCAGCUCCUUGCCUCGCACGUCUAGUUCCUCACCAUCUAGGGCUGGGAGGCCCCAUCAUGACCAGAGGAGUUCAUCCCCACACCUGGGGAGAAGCAAGUCACCUCCCAGCCACUCAGGAUCAUCCUCUUCCAGAAGGUCCUGCCAGCAGGAACAUUGCAAACCCAGCAAGAAUGGCCCAAAAGGAUCUGGCAGCCUCUACCACCACACAGCCAUCACUAAAACCCCUCCAGGGAAGAGUAAGCCAGCCAGUAAACUCAGCAGAUAGGAGCUGGGCUGCCUGUCUGGGAAAGGUGUGAGAUCUUCCUCCUAAACCUGAUGCAUGUGUGUCUCUGUACUGUCUAUUUAAAAAAUCAGUGUUGAUCUUUUGGAAAAGAAAGUAACAUGAUCAAUUAUUUAUAAGAAGACAUAAAUGUAUAAUAAGGAUUUACCUAAAGCAGGUAGCAAGCAGAUUGGGAACAAUGCCUUUUGCAUAGGAAGGGGCAUCCAGCAAAAUCCAAGGGGCAGAAACUCAUUAAAUGAGCUUUCACAACUUUUAGCUGACUUUGAAACAAGAGUUGAGGGUAGAAGAUAGAAAGGAAUUUUACUUUUAAGGAAUUUCAUUUAAUUUUUAAAACCUCUACUCAAAAAAUUAUAUAGCAAAAAUGUUUGAUAUUUUCAUUCAAAUCUUCUGAACCUUGAAAUCAUUGCUCACAUAUUAGAGUAUUUGUAUAUGUGUGUGUGUGUGUGUGUGUGUGUGUGUGUGUGUAUAUAUAUAUAUAAAGAAGCUUAUUGCCAGGGAGCCAGUACUCUUUAUAUUUGGCUUGUGUGUUUAUCUAGUGUAUUGAGAAUGUACCCCUUUGCUUCAUUCCUAGCACCCUUCCUGGAUUUCACAUCUUUUCAAGUCGGUGUUUCCCACUGAAUCCAAUCUGUCUUCUUUUAACAAUACAUUCUAAUAGGCAUUUAACAGCACAUGCUGAGAAUUUCACAAUUCCCAUUUUUUUUUUUUAGUGCACUAAUAAUAUUUUUCUUUGGAGCAACAGUUCUUUAACCCAGUACAUUUUUAUUAUGAAAAAUAACUGAGAAACUUAGGUAUAGGAAACAAAAAUCUGACUAAAGCUACUUACUUUACAAGCUUUAGUUUUUAGGGAUAGAGGGAAAGAGAGUGAGGUAACAUCUUUGAAGAUGGAAGAACCCCUUUCAAUCUGUUAAGUGUUCUGCUUGUGGAAGGAAAACUGAGUGAAGUUAGUAGGCUUCCUUAGGUCUUCUAGGUACCAGCUCUUUCUAAUAUCAACCUCCAAGAUGAUAUUAGGGAAGCACAAUGCUUUGGAAUGUGACUUUAUGCAUUUAGAAAGAAAAACAAAAACAUUUGGUGUGUUAUGGAGGCUUAUAAUCUUUAAAUUUUAUAUUUUAUACAUUUAGCUAAUAAGGAAUGAAUAUUUGGGGAAAUAAGAUUAGGCUAAGUAUUUUUCUUUCAUUGUUUUAUUACCUGCUUCUGUGUUUUUUAGUUCAAUAGUUGGGCUUCUUGGCCUGAUUCCCAUGUAAUCUCAAUUUAUGAAACUAAGGAGGAUCAUAUUUGUUCUUAUCUCCUCUGCUAAUAGGAAUCAAGCAAAAUUAAAGUAUACUAGACUUUUUAAUGGGCUCUUUUAUACUCUGUAGGUGUUUUGUGUUGAAAAGUACUUAUUAAGGUCAGGUAAUUUGUUCUGUUUGCUGUUGAAAUUUGCCUUCUAGCAAAUAUCUGUGAGUUUUCUCUUUGACCUUGUGUUUGCUGCCAAACCUAAUAGGUUGAAUUGGGAAAGAAACAAAAAAAUAAAUGUUAUCUCCUUACCAAGUGAACACAUUCUAAUGCUGCAUCAAAGUUGCCCUGAAGCUGCACUGAACCUGUCUUGUUCUCUUUAUCUGUGUUGAGCUUUUUAACAUUACAAACUCAAAACACUAUAUUGAGGCAUAUAAGGUCUCCCAUAAGAAAUGUAGCAUAGUAUGGAAUCUUAAUUUCUCUCCAGUUUCAAGCACUACAGAGGAAUGCAGUAGAUAAGACAAUUUGCUGUUUAUCUAAAGCAGCUGUAAUAUUGGAAGACUGAUCUUUCUGUAUUAUAUUGUAUAAUAGUUGCUAUAACACUACUUGCAUGUCUUCAUGGUAAAUUAUAUAAAUAUUUAUAAAUAUAUAGAGAGAUAUGCUUAUAAAAAGUCAUUCUUUCUCAUUCUCCAUUUGUAAUUUCAAGAUCACAGAUGGUGAAAUUUCUUUUGUAUUGUGUGCCUCAUGUACACUUGGGCCUUGUCUAACUUCAUUUUCUGAAAAUAUGUUCUUGGCAUGUGACACCUUAGAUUUUUCUUGCCUUCCCUGUGUGUAAUGCAAGGGUUGGUGGUCUUUAACAAGCCAAGAUAGCUUAUUUAAUUGUUUUUGAAAAAGAUUUUAAUAGGGGAAAAAUUACUGGGACAUGCUUGUAAUACUCAAAGAUUUGUUAUGUUAAUCACAUAGUUCUGUCCUUAUCAUUAGAGUAGAUAGACUGGGAUUAUAAUCAUGGGUCUGAUUAUAAUUUGAUUUUUAAAACAUUUCCAAAUACUUGCCAUCCUGCUUUCUUUUUUUCACAUUACUUUUUUGGGUGGGAGUGAGAAUGGGAUGGGGGAUAAUUAGGAAAUUAUCUUUUAUUCUAUUGAAUUAGCUAUAAAUUAUGCUCAAGGUAGACAAAUUUAAAUACUGACCCCUCUAGUCAGAAAUGUGUUAAUAGUACCCAUUGGAAAAGCUGAUGAGGGUACAACUCUGGUGUGUGGGUCUGUGUUAUUGUUGGCGUUUCUAUGCUGGCAGUCAAAAAUGAUGGUGAUGGCAACAUGAUAACAGUAUGUUUUUUUUUCUUGGUUCCUUCCAUUUUUCUACCAAUCUUUACACUGGGUUGCUUCUUUUUUUUCUAUGUGGCAUUAACAAUCUCAUCAAGAUUCAGAGAUAACAGCCUUAUUGGGUAAGAAUAUUUAACUUUGCAUGUAGAAGAGUUAACCAAAGAUGUUUCUGCUCUGAUACUUUCAAAAGAAAUAGACUAAUCUUAUGUUCUAAUAGAGAUUUACUUAACGGUUUUUAAAAGCCUUGUUUGUACUCUUAGAUGUUAGAUGUAUGUUAGGCUAAAAAUAGAAGUUGACAGCCCUGAGCAAGCACUUUUGGCACAAGAAUUUUUGUUUUUAUUUUAUUUUAAAGUAUUAUACAAAGAACAAUGUUUUUGUUUGGUUUUGGGGGUUUUUCCCCCUUUAUUUUUGGGUUUUUAAGUGGUGGCAUAUUUCAGAUUACAGUUAUAGAUCAUCCAAGUUAUUUUAUUUUAUUCCAAGUAAUUUUAAACCAGUUUGGAUAGUUUACUUAAGAUGAAUGUGGCCAUUAACUAAAAAGUCAAACCAAACUGUAUUAAAAGUAUUAUUGGGCAGAAGUUUGAAUUACCUUUUGAAAAUCAAGUACCUCCUGGUUUCUCCUAUCACAACAGAAUGGCUGGUUACCUAGCCACACUUUUGACCUUGCCUUCCCUUGUCUAGUCUCUGGGAUUACUUGGGUGGAACAGAAGAUAGGAAUAGCACCAGCCCAAUGCCUUCAGGUAGUAUUCUUUCUCAGUUAUGCUGCCAGAUCUCCAGGGUUUAUGAAUUAGUUAAAAUACUAAAAUCCCACCUAGUAAUAUUAUCAGCUUAAAGACAUUUAACUUUAAUGGAUAGUGAACAAAGAAGGAAAACUGGAUAUCAAAUUUAACAUUAUGACAUAAAUUAUAAGUCAACUUUGAAUAUUAGGCCUUCAGCAGGCAGACACUCUCAUUCUCAAUUCUGGUAUGCAAGCUGGCCUUGCUGACAGUGGCACAGAUACAUUUACUGCUUUUUAAGUUGCAUAUUUUGGAGUGGAUGUCUUUAAUAAUAGUUGCCAAGUUAAUCCAGUCCUAAAUAAGUAGCAAAAUGGUAAUUGAGACCCAAUAUUAUUUGCUUUAGCAUACUAAGCCACUGCUUACUGACUCAGUGUUCUAGAUGUGCAGUAUCUCUCGUCUGAUUCCUAGCUGCUAUGGGAACUUGAGGUUCUUUGGUAGACACCCGAGACUCCUUCCAGAUUACAGAUUCCUAAGCUAAUGUUUUAUAGUUGCAUCCGCUUUACAAGGGAAAAGUUGUACAUUGGUGCAUGUUUUACAAACCCAAACUCAGAUAGUUUAAACUAUAGUUUUUCUGUACCCAGUAGCUUUGAAUUAAAAACAGAUGCCUUUUUCCCAAAAGCAGACAGUUUUAUGUUCCUAACCUAACAUUAGGAAUUGGUGAAAGGAGAAACUGGAUCCAGAAUUCAGAAUUUUAGCAGCUUUGGAAAAAAAUGCAUCUUACUUUGGCUGUUUGAAAAUAUAUUUAUUUGUAGAUAAUCUAGAUUUAGUCUUGGAGAUCAAAAUUUUUCAUAUUUUAAGAACUUCUUUCAUUCCUUUAUAUCUUAUCAAAACAUGGUAUGUCUUAAAGAAUCUCUCUGUCAUGUCAUGUUCAUGUGUUUUGGAAUUGUUGGCAUUCACUCUUAAAAUCUUCCCAUUUCUGUUUUUGUACAUUUUACCACCCAUGUUUUUGGACUUUGCUUAUGGGGAGAGAUGGUUUAGCAUCUGUUAUUAAGAAGAUAGAAUGGUUGACAUCAACUGCACUGUUUAACUUUGUUGAGUUUGGUUCUACAGAUAGUAUAUUAGCAAAAUAGCUACUUGUCUAUGAUUUGACACAAAGUAUUAUAGGAUUAGGGCAUGUAAUUACUAUGGUUUUCCCUCUAUGUCAGUAUAUACCCCAAUUCAGUAACCACUGAUGCUGGUUUAGACUCUUAGAGAAGGAGUUCCAGUCCUCAGACCAUGUGGGAGAUGUAUAGUGCCUGGCAAACCAGGUGGUUGUCAGGACAUCCCGCUUCUCUGCCCUCACCAAAAACAAAACAAAAAACCCUUGAGUGUGUACUUUGUGGAUGUGUCAUAUUAUUGGAUAUUUUCUAUAUUUUGGCAAUUUCUUGCAGUCAUGAGAAAUUGCGGAGUCACUGGAGCCUUCAGAAUUUGUUGCCAGCAUUGCUAUAUAACAGGAGUUAUAUAGGGAGAAUUCCCAAGACAUUGGACAAGGAUUCCUAUCCACUUAGAGGAGAAUCUGGAUGCUGCACACCUUAAUCUUUAAGAAAUUCCCAGCUGGAUAUGGCUUAUCAAGACAUUUGGUUGUGAUUGUCUACUUCUACUUUAAAAAUAUGUAAGCUUGAUGUUUUAUUUAUUUUCCUUGAGCAAAUUUAGAUCAGAAAAUUAAUGUGAAAAGAUCAGGAUCACUUUAGGUUCCAUAUAAUCUCAAAAACACUAAAUAGCAACAAAGUAACAUUUUUUCAGUAACAAUUUGAAUAUUUCCUUAUACUUAGCAGGCAUGUAACAGAGGUGAAGCCCUUCCUUUCAUUGCCCUGUGUAACUUAACAGGUUACUGCCUCCUCUUUACUUGGAAGUAACAGUGUGGGCACAGUGUGUACACUGGUAAUGCUAACUAUGUGUUCCAGACUUGGGCCAAGGGUUCUGGGUUGAGAACAGGAUAUGUGAGGCCGACUUUGAGCCCCUGGCACUACAGAUUUGCUGAUGACAUACUUUUACACUAAAACAGUUAGGAAAUUUACCUCCUUUUAGUAGUUUAAUGUUGUUUCAUAUUUUGUAUGUAAAUGUUCACUCACCUAUUUAAAAACAUUGAGUAAAUCAAGUUUUUAUAUAGACUACCCUUCCCAUAUGAUGCUUUUUUCCUCUUAUAUAGUUUAAAUCUCUAAAAAAUUAAUUCAUAGCACUUCACUGGACUCUGUCUGGGUGUUCUUCAUUCACCUACAAGAGGUAACAAGGCAGCCAGAGCUUGGCUGUGAUUAUUUGUGGGGGUUUCCCAGAAAAGGGAAAGCUUUGAGACUUUCCAAAACAAUUUUCAACUAUGCACAACAUAGUGAAUUAGUUCGCUAAGGUAAAAUGCUUUGAGCCAGAUAAAGGAAUAUAGCACUGGGCCACUUAGGGAUUUGAAAUUGGGUGGACUGAGGAAAGAGAACAGGUCAGAUGACCCAGGCUUGAACUUCUUCACUUUUCCCUGAUGCAGUUCCUAAAGCUCCUCUGAUUUCCUUCCUAAAAUAGCACCUAUUUUAUUUGGCCAUUUAUUACAAGUUCCCAGCUUUUAGGAAAGGGGAGGGGGCAUCCAGUUUUGAAUUAGAUAUACAUCUUGAAAGUUAUGAGCUAUUGGCAGCUAUUAAAUCAGAUUUAACCACAAACCAGAAUUCUCUCGUUAAACAAGACCAGUGAGUUAAAAUAGAUGACAAAUAAUUCCACUUUCCUGUACCUCUCUUCUCUUCAUGGGAUCAGAGAUGAGAAAUAUCGCCAAAGGUACUGCAUAGUCCCAUUCCCCUCCAAGCAGCUCCCUUUAUGCGUUUUUGCUCAGGCAACCAAGGACAGAAUAUUGGCAGAAACAUGGAGUGCUUUUGUAUAGGCCAUCUGUACAUAAAAAAUGUAAUUUAUUUAAUUUUAUCAUUUGUAUCAUAUUAAAGCUUUGUACAGUGUUUUAAGUUCUGUUUUAAAAUUAUUUUGUAUUUUAUUUUUAUAAUCUAGUAAUAAAAUAUUCAUUCCGCAUGCAAACUCUA